AUGGCUUUAUUUAAUCCGACGAAAAAGGGAAGUGCUACUUAUUUCCUCGAUCAGAACCAUGGUAUUUAGUUAUAGCAAAGUCCUACCUAAUCCUUGGGAAAAACGGCGUCGGCCACAAUUAUAAUUUAUCAGUCUCUUGUACAGUUUUUACGUAGCAAGUAUGAAAAUUCUAAAGACGAUAUUUCUUCUUAUACAUCGAGGCAGUCCAUCGAGUACAGUCUUCAAUUUUAUCAGUCUCUUGUACAGUUUUUACGUAGCAGGCAUGAAAAUUCUAAAGACGAUAUUUCUUCUUAUACAUCGAAGCAGUCCAUCGAAGUAGAGUCUAAUUCUGCUAGAAUUAGUAACUAUUCCGAAGGAUUCCAAAGGUAAUUUGCAAGAAAGACCACAUUCAUAUCUGUAUAAACAAAAAAGAUGAAAACUACACAUUAAAACCGAUAAACAGCACCCGAAAAGUCACCCUUCUAAAUCUAGCAGAGACAAUCGAGCGAACGAAUUCAGUUGAGCAACCAAACACGAGUUGUGUACAUAUUAAGCUUACCUUCCUCCUUUAAUGUGCGAUCCAGCUGAGUCAUUGUUCAAUCGAAGUCGAUUUGAAACAAGCCAAAUGUAAGCAACCUCACAAGUGAUAUUUUGCGCUGAAAAUAACAUCUUUUCCGAUGCUUUCAUUGCAAAGACAAUCCGUUUACACAACACUGUCGUACUGCACAGAAGUCCACCUAAAGGUUCGAACCAAGAAAACUGAUCUUCUACGCAUUUCUAUUGGUUCAAAAGCCCCACGUGAUCGCGUAAGUCACUGAGCGGAGAGACCUGGACGCCAGUUCAAGCACCAAACAUGGCGUCAAAUCACGGCACGAUCGUGGAGAUGUCUGUCUUUAAAGGCUUUAAAUUGUGGUCCAUCUCAGAGUUAAUUGUACUAUUCCGACACUGUCGAAGAGUAAAGCAGUGAGAGGAAAAUAUUGCAUUGUUCUCCCAGGUGAGGGAACCUUUGAAAAAAGGCAGCAGGCCUAUUCAUAGCCUGAUACACAGCGACACGCAACGCUCCUCCCCACUAAAAACGGCUGUGUAGCAGACUAGCCUAUCCACGGAUGGGGCAAAAAAGCUCUAAUAUUGCUUGUGUAGGUUCGCCGAAAUACUCCAUGCAAAGCAAUCUCAUCAAUCAGGUUGGACUCGAGUAAUAUAGGGAAAAUCUUAGCUCUCAACCAAAAACACUUCGAUACCGAGAUGAGUUAUGUGCCUACUGGGAUCAUUUUCUACUGGCUAUUUAAGUACGGGACCCGUACAUCGUCUUGUAUUUGCUAUUCAUACGGGAUUCCGACUAAACUGAUAUAUUAGGGCUAUUAAAGUACUGACUCGAAACAGUUAGCUUCUAAUUAGGGUUACGGUUGCUUUUAUAUGAGUAAAAAGCAGCGAGUUACUACUCCGUGGUAGAGUGGUUAGGUUACGAACUGUGGAUUCUACGCCCCUGGAUCGGUUCUCAAUCUUGCCACAUCGAAUUUUUCUUCUUUUCAAAAUUUGCCACUGAAAUUUUUCCUUAAAAAUGGAACAGUGGUUGAAGAGACUUACACUUUCAUGGAAAUUUGUUGAUCAGAAAUUUCAAGAGACUUGAAAAUUUCAUAUAAAUUUCAAGUAGAGACUUGAUCCCGUAUUUCAUAGCAAAUACACGUUGGUGUACAGGUCCUGUACGUAUGGCAGCACUGUGUCAAUGUAAUGAAGCAACUGCAUAUUGUUAAUAACAGUGAUCUUCUCAUAUUUUAAAUGUAACACUGCUUUUAAAAGAUAAAUGGCAGACAGCCCUACUAAAAAACAAUUUUCUAUUUUUUUUUUUUUUUUAACAGGAUCAUUUUUUUAUUAAGCACUCAAAACAUUCCUCUUUAUAGUUAGCAAUAAAGCUUCUUACACUGGGACUUUCAGCGUCACCUUUCGGUGAACAAUACUUUUGCAUUGUCUGUCUAAUUUAAACUAAAUGCACUAUUUUACUUUCAGAAAGCUUCCAAAUGUUUCCUAUUUGUCUAUCCAAUAAAAAGUGCAGACUUGAACAUGUGGUUAACGAGUUGAUGAGUUGCUUGAUUACUGAAUUUCUAUGGAUUUUCUCAUACAAACUCUAUGGUAUUCUAUCGAACUCCAUGGAGACGCUAUGGCAUUCCAUGAAACUGCAUCGGUACUUCAGGGAGCCCCAUGGCAUUCCAUGGAACUCUACAAUAUUCCCUGGAAUUCCAUGGACCUCCAAGGAAACUCCAUGGAAUUUCAUGGCAUUCCAUGGAACUCCGUCACUACUUCUUGGAACUCCGUGGAACUCCAUGGCAUUCCAUGGAACUCCAUGGAUACUCCAUGGAACUCCAUGGCAUUCCAUGGAACUCCAUGGAUACUCCAUGGAUACUCCAUGGAAGUUCCGUGGAAUUCCAUGGAUUUCCAUAGAUUUCCAUGGAUUUCCAUGGAAUUCCAUGGAAUUCCAUAG